GUGACUGGGGAAAAUCCAUUGCCGUAACCACGGCCAUCUCUCUGAGUGUCGAUUCUCCUUCUUUUCCAUGUGAGGUGUCAUUUUAGAAAACUGCUCUUUGCUGGCUCUUCAUUUAUUUAUUUAUUUUGAAACUCCGAACUGGGAGAUCACUUUCGUUUCUGCUGGCUGCUGGAGCUGUUUCUUCCAAAUCACAAGGAAGCACCGAAAGGGGAGGAGGAUGCACUAAAUUUGGCAUAAAGAGGAGACUCUUUCUCUUAAAGAGGCAGCCAGAAUUUCUAUGUCUCUCGGCUUUCAACCGACAUGGGUGGAUUGCUAACAUGCCGUCAGUUUUUCACACGCAUGGAGAGUCUAAAGGACCACAGUUUCUGGGACUUGUGUAGGACACGGGUGAGACACCACUUUUUGCUCAUCCUUGUCACUGUCAUCAUGCUUAUUUUAUAUAUCAUUCACUAUUCACCAGAGCUAGUCAGGAAGUGCCCUAAAGACCAUGCCAAGUUGCUUCACAACAUCUCCCAACUGGAGGCUGAAAAAUUGACUCUGAAGGAACAACUGAUCAAGAUGGAAAAGAAGAUGCAGAAGCUCAGGAAUGUUAUGAACCAGACUCAAGAAAAGUCGUUGAAACUUUUGGAAAAGAAGCAAGAAGAAAGGGAUGUCCUGAGCAAGGAAUUGUCGGUUUGCAACCAAUCUCUUGUACUAACCAGACAGCAGAGAGAUUCCUGGCAGAAACAGCUGAACACGUUGGAAGAAAAACUCAAGUCUCCAGGUAGUAAAACUAAAGAAUAUGAAGGUAAAAUAGCAGAGCAUCAGCAGCAGAUAGAACAAGGACAUGUCAAUGUUAGACAUGAAAGAAAGGAGAUUCAGGAUCUGGAGGAUCAGCUUACGAAACAUAAACCUGUUGAGCACUCCAAGGGAGGCCUUCUCUUGGGGCCUUCUAUGGUCCUUCUCCCACUUCUCCUUGCUGCCCUCCUCUUCUAGUCUAUUUUGGUCACUGCCAAGUUUGGGUGGUGCGCAAGUGUCAAGUCUCACCCUACUUCAUCUGCAUAACCAUACUCCUCCUUCUGCAUGUGGGUUUUGGAGACAUCUGAGCUGCGCCCUGUUAGGACAGGAACCUGAUUCUGAUGCCAGACUUGGACAUUUAUCUACUUUGAUAACUGAAAUUUUGGCCACAGCAGUGGAUUUGCUAGAGCUUGUAUUACAUUGCACUGUUACACAGAACUUGGCAAAUAAAGUUCAGUUUUGAUUAUGUUAAUAAUAACCUCUACCUGAUGAAUGUCAAAUUGGGAACAACUUUCUUUGCUUUCUGAGGGUUUGGUGGCUUCUUGUGUUAAUGUUCAGAAGACCAAGAUGCUUCGAUCAUGCAGGAGGUCUCAGUUUCAACCUCUGCUAACUCUAGUCAUGAUGGGAAGAAAAGCAACACCCACAUAAAUACAUAUAAACACAUGCCUGAAAAUGUAGAAA